GUCAACCACGAGCGAAGAAGUCAACCGGAUAUUCCGAGGGUCAUUAUGAGAUAAACAAUACAUUUAGGAGGUUUUUCUCUUUAACUUUCAAUAAUUGCUGGGAUUAUUUCACAGGGACUAAAUGGGUGCAUAUUAUUGCGCCAUAUGUAAUCAGACAACAUUCUGCGGGAAGAAGAAACAUAUCUUUGGAAAAAAUCACCAAAGCAGACUCAGGGUCGUUUUACUUAAAUUUACUGAAAAGGUCAAAGAAGCACGACAAACUCUUAAAAAACCCCAAGUGGAAAAGUUUGAUUGCACUCAGCACAAGCAGAAGUUCUGGUGCUACUGCUGUGGUCUUGAAGUUGAACGGAACGUCACAGAUGACAACAUGACAGUGAUGCAUGGAGGCUUAUUGGAGCACAUGGCCACACGAGAACACAGAAACAGUACUUAUAAGUUUUGGUGGGACAACAAGGCUGACCCCAAGCUUAGAGAUAGAGUCUUAAUCACAGAGGAAGAAACUGAAAGGUUUAAGGCUGAAGCGGCAAAAGUUUUGGAGUCCUUUGUGGAAAAGGAAGAUGAGUAUAUUAAACAGCAAGCUGAUGUUAUCCGGGCCCAGGAAAAGCACCGCCAGGAGGUCUUCCAGUGUCUUUUAGAGCCCAAUGAAGAGCGGGAGUUAUCAAAUGGACCCAGCAGCACCGAUCCAUCGGUGGAGGUUUCUGUCAGUUCUCAGUUUCAGUCUCAAGUGUCGGAGCAGAAGGUUCGGAGCAGGUUUGACCCGAUUAUUGAGGCGCCCUGGACACUUGCAGGACAAAGUCUGACUUUUAUUGGUUAUCAGGAUUCAUCAAGCAGUGGAAAUGUGCAUACAGGAGCCCUUCCACCUUGGCUCCAAGAUGAUCCACUAGAGGGGCCGUCUGGAGCAGCGGCAGAGGCUGAGAUCGGCCCGUCACUCCAGGAGUUCCUCAAGCAAAAGGAGCAAGAAAAACUAAGGAAGCUUCCUCCGAAUAGAGUGGGAGCCAACUUUGAUCACAGCUCUCAUACAGACGCCAACUGGCUUCCCUCUUUUGGUAGAGUGUGGAACAGUGGCCGGCGCUGGCAGUCCAGACACCAAUUCAGACAAGAGGAGGGACAGAAGAAUAAACAGAAGAGAAAGCGGGAACUUGCCACCGGCGGAUCCAAAAAAACAAAACCAGUCGAACAGCCGCCCAGUUCUGAUAUUUAAAACUUGAUUCCAUACAUUAGUACUAAGGUUUGGAAUGAUGUUUCUAUGUGUUAAAUUGGUUUUUAUGCAGAAUUUUUGUGAAGCUUUCUUGCAGUGUUGAAACCAAUAAAACACCCCACAAUUAAUGAGGACAUGUACCCUCUUGUGCUGUAGAGUUACAAUUUACAUAACGGAAAGCCUGAGGAAGGGUAAUUUUGCCUAGUAUUGAAAUUGCAUUUUAUGUUGACAGAAGUUGUGCCUCAUGCUUUGUUAGGCUCUUGCUUUGCCCUACAGUUAACAGAAAACAUUGUUUUAAGGUAUUUUUAUUUCAGUGAACAGCAGGGGGCGUGAACAAUCCAAAUGAAACUGCCUGUUAAAAAGUUAACAAGAUAUCAGUCCUGUUUCUAUUCUGAAUGCAGCUUUACAUUUUUUAGUAUAUGUUUUCUAUUUGACCAGGCUGUAACCCUAUAAAUGAUGAGCUUUCA